UCGGAAGGCGCGCUCCAGCAUCGGUUCCGCCAGUUUGGACCUGCAGCGACGACGGCGAGGACGCCGAACCAUAGGACGUCAGGACGUGGGACUGGAUGAAGGACGAGCGCUCGUCGUGGAACGUCCCGCUUUUUGGUUUCAUCCGGUACCGAACCCCGGAGGCUGCACCCCUUUGGAUCUUUAAGAGGAGGAACCAAAGAAAGACAUUUAAGCAUCUUUUUUAAAAGGCGUGUGUAACCGCUGAGCAGCCAUGACGGCAAACAACUCUGACCUGCCCUGGGACGAGUCUUCGGGCGCGGCGGACCCCUUCUCGGGAGCCGAGCAGCCGGGCAACUCGCCUCGGCAGGACGCCCCGCCGCUGACGGCGUGGGGCGUGGCCCUAUGCGUGUCAGGGACGCUCAUCGCCGCCGAGAACGCCGUGGUGGUGACCACCAUCCUGGCCACGCCGUCGCUACGGGCUCCCGUGUUCCUGCUGCUGGCCAGCCUGGGCUUGGCCGACCUGCUGGCGGGCGUGGCUCUCAUCAUGCACUUCCUCUUCCUGUUCUGCCUGGAGCCCAGCGACUGGUCCGAGCUGGUGACGUCGGGACUGCUGGUGACGUCGCUGACCGCCUCGCUGUGUAGCCUGAUGGGCGUGGCGUUGGACCGCUACCUCUCAUUAAGCCACGCCCUUACAUACGGCUCGGGUCAGUCCCGCCGCCGCGCCGCGCUCCUGUUGCUGCUGGUGUGGCUGGGGGCGUGCUUCAUGGGGGCGGGCCCGGCCAUGGGGUGGCACUGUCUGGACAAGCCCGAUUCCUGCUCGGUGGCGCGACCGCUCACCCGGACGUACCUGUCGCUGCUGUGCGGGGGCUUCCUGGUGGUGGUCCUGGUGACUCUGCAGCUCUACGCCGGAAUCUGCCGCGUAGCCCGGCGCCACGCCCACGCCAUCGCCACCCAAAGGCACUUCCUGCCUUCCAACCAGUCAUAUGCAAGCAAGCACGGCAGCGGGCGGGGCUUCUCCCGGCUGGUGGUGGUGCUGAGCGUCUUUGUGGGCUGCUGGAUGCCGUUCUCGCUGUGGGGGCUCCUGGGCGACGCCUCCAGCCCGCCGCUUUACACCUACGCCACGCUGGCGCCGGCCGCGGGGAGCUCCCUGCUCAACCCGAUCCUCUACAGCCUGAGGAACAAAGACAUUCGCAAGGUGCUGCUUCACGCCUGCUGCCCCCGCAGGCACCGCUCGCACGCCACGCACAUGCACCACCCCGUGGACGUGUAGGCCGCCGUGACAACCGCACCAUGCCAGGCGAUGCCGUUUGUGCCAAGAAAAAGUAGCGCGUCCGCCUCCCCCCUCCCCCUCCCCCGUCCGACUCGGGAGUGUGAAAUCUUUUCAAUACUCCCCCACGCACACGCCGCACUUUUCCAAGACACGAGGUCCUACUUUAUCAUCAGAACGUUCUGGACUGUCCUGGCAGGCGGCCAUCUUGGACUGUCAUGUUUGUGCCUGCAACCAUCAGCCCCCGCUGUAGCGCCACUGGAUCCUGCGGAGUGAGAACAAUCAGGAGG